UUAACUAUGUUUGAACCAUUGUAUGAUUUUGUGAAGCUCUGUGAACUGUGAAGUCACUGAAGUGUGAACUGAUUUACUGAACCAUUCUAGCCUCUUGCGUGCUUUGUUCAAGGCUUCUAGCUUCUAGGUAAUUUUUUUAACUAUAAUUGAAUAAUUUUUUGUUACUGUGAAGUUCUGUGAAUUGUGAACUGUGAACUGUGAGCUAUGUCUAUGAUUUAGCUUUUUUAUUUUUCUGUGAACUGUGAACUGAACUGUGAACUUUGUUGAAUGAUUGUUGAAUAAUUAUGAAUAAUUAUUGUUAGUUAAGUUGUGAAUUUUGUUGUUCUAACUUGUUACUAGGUUGAAUUAUUAUCGAAUAAUUUUAACUUAUGAGAUUAUUGGGUUGGAGUGAUUUGCUGUGGGUUCUUGUUAAUUCGGUAAAUAGUUGUUGUCAUUCUUGCACUUGAGAUUAUUGGGUUGCUUUGCUUUUCUCAAAUUGUAAAUUUGCUAAAUUGUUGCUGUUAUUGUGAUUUUUGAGAUUGAAAUUGUCUUUGUUUUUUGUUAUUUGGUUGUUGGAUUUUCUAUUUGGAUUUUGUACUCGUUUGUUUGUUAAAUUGUUGUGAUUCUUGAAAGUUAAAAUUGAGAUUAUUGGGUUGCUUUGUUUUAUCAAAUUGUUAAUUUGUUAAUUUGCUAAAUUACUGGUGUUAACUCUGAUUCUUGAGAUUGUGAUUGUCGUUAUUUUUUGUUAUUGGGUUGCUGGAUUUUCUAUUUGGAUUUUGUACUUGUGAUUCUUCAACCCUAGGUAUGAAUUUUGUUUUUUGUAAUAAUAAUUGUUGAAACCUUGAUUAAUUGUUGGUUCUAACCUUGUUGUUGAUUGCUUGAAGCAUGAUUAGUUUUUGAAGCAUUGAUUGAUUAAUUGAUUAGGGUAAGGUUGUGUUGUGUCGUUCCAAGAUGAAUACGAUUGUUUUGCUUUGUGAUGCUUGCUGGUUGUUAUUUGAUCUCACCGCAUUUCAGCAUUUGAUCAAUGAAAUGUUUUGCAAACAUUCAGUUUUUGGUUUGCAUUUCCAUAUAUUGACUUGGAUUUAUACCUUACUAAAAGUUAUCCAACGGAAUAAGUCAAGCUGAUCUCAUGAAAAUCCCAAAUGACUAAUAAGAUUGAAUGACAAACUUGGAUCAGUUGGAUGUUGGCAUUUUAUAUUUGGUUGGUUGUUUUUGUUAUUUGAUUUUUGAGUUUGUAUUUGAAUGAGAUCAUAACAUUCUGGUUUAUGUAGUACUUUUAAUUUGGAUGAUAUUUUAAAGUUUAUAUUAGAAUAUAAUUAUGUUUUAAUGUGUUUAUUUAUAUUUUUUUUAUUUUUUUUAUAAAACGGUUUUUGCGGUUCAACCACGGUUGAACCGGUUGAACCGGUUGAACUUAUGAACCAGUGAACCAGUAGCUAGAGCGGUUUGAUGACCAAUUCGGUUUUCAGAACCUUGCAAAUCAGAAAAUAAGGAAAACAAAAGUUACAAAACCAGUGAGCGAUAGGCGGAGCAUAGAGGUUUGCGGCGCACCAUUACAAUGGAAUUCGAACUCCCAAACAAGGCCUUAACCACCAUGCGCUUUUCGGAGCUGAAUCCGCCGCUAUCAGAGAAGGUUCUCGAAGCCUUAUCGGAAUCUGGGUUCAACUUCUGCACGCCGGUUCAAGCCGCCACCAUUCCCUUGCUCUGCAGCUUCAAGGAUGUCGCUGUCGAUGCCGCCACUGGUUCAGGCAAAACCUUAGCUUUUGUCAUCCCUCUUGUUGAGAUUCUUCGACGCUCCUCUUCUAACCCCAAGCCUCAUCAGGUACUAGGAAUAAUCAUAUCCCCUACAAGGGAGCUAUCACAUCAAAUAUAUCAUGUUGCACAACCUUUCAUUUCAACUUUAGCGAAUGUUAAGUCCAUGCUGCUUGUUGGUGGAGUUGAAGUGAAAUCAGACAUGAAGAAGAUAGAGGAAGAAGGCGCUAACAUACUAAUUGGCACACCUGGGCGGUUGUAUGACAUAAUGAACCGGAUGGAUUUCUUGGAUUUCAAAAACUUCGAGAUUUUGAUUUUAGACGAGGCUGAUAGACUUUUAGAUAUGGGAUUCCAGAAGCAGAUAACUUCCAUUAUAUCUCUUUUGCCUAAGCUUCGAAGAACUGGCCUGUUUUCUGCUACUCAAACUGAGGCUGUUGAAGAGCUUGCUAGAGCAGGAUUAAGAAAUCCUGUGAGGGUUGAAGUUCGGGCAGAGGCGAAACUUUUAAAUGCUCCUGCAGCAUCAAAACAACCUGAAUCUACAAAAACACCUUCUGGGCUUCAAAUUGAGUACUUGGAAUGUGAGGCAGAUAAGAAGCCAUCACAGCUAGUAGACAUCCUUAUUAAGAAUCGCUCAAGAAAAGUUAUAAUAUAUUUCAUGACUUGUGCUUGCGUUGACUAUUGGGGAGUUGUCCUUCCACGCCUUUCUGUUUUGAAAGGCUUCUCCUUGGUUCCUCUUCAUGGAAAGAUGAAGCAGACUGUUAGGGAGAAAGCAUUAGCCUCCUUUACAUCCCUUUCAAAUGGAGUUCUGCUAUGUACAGAUGUUGCAGCACGUGGACUUGACAUACCAGGUGUAGAUUGUAUAGUGCAGUAUGAUCCUCCUCAAGAUCCAAAUGUUUUCAUACACAGAGUUGGUCGAACUGCUCGGCUGGGUAAACAAGGUCAUGCAGUUGUCUUCUUAUUGCCAAAGGAGGAGUCUUACGUAGAAUUCCUACGUAUAAGAAGAGUCCCUCUUCAAGAGAGAAAAUGCUCUGAUAAUGCACCUGAUGUUGUACCUCAGAUUCGUUCUGCUGCGAAAAAAGAUCGUGAUGUUAUGGAGAAAGGAGUCAGGGCAUUUGUUUCCUACAUCCGUGCGUACAAGGAGCAUCACUGUUCAUAUAUUUUUAGGUGGAAAGAACUUGAAAUUGGUAAAUUGGCCAUGGGACAUGGCUUAUUGCAACUUCCUCUAAUGCCAGAGGUAAAACAUCACUCACUUUCUACUGAGGGAUUUGUACCAGUUGAUGAUAUCAAUUUGGAGGACAUUAAAUACAGAGAUAAAUCUCGUGAAAAACAAAGGAAGAAAAACCUGCAAGCAAAGAAAGAAGCGAAAGAGAAGGAGAAAGAGGCAAAACCAGAAAAGCCAAGCAAAACUCCCAGUGCACCUACUGCCAUGAGGAAGAAAACAGCCCGACAGAGACGUGCUCAGCAGACAAUUGAAGAUGAGGAAGAGUUGAUGCAAGAUUACCGCUUGUUGAAGAAACUGAAGAAAGGGACUAUAGAUGAGAAUGAAUAUGCUAAGUUGACAGGCGCUGAGGAAUUACUCUGAAUACCAAUUUUGUGUGUUGUGGAAAGAAGUGUGUUUAGUUUAGUGCAAUAUUAGCUAGAAAAUUGCAGCAUCCUUUGAUGCCACAUUUUUUCUCUUGGCAUUCUCCGAAAGGUCUGGGAUUAAGACAUCUCUCUCUACUGAUGGCAUCGUCGCAUCGAGUCCAGAGAACUGAUUUCCAUUCUGCAGCUCAGAGAGUUGAAUUGGCUCAAUGACUUCUGCAGCUGAUUAUACUGGUAAAGCAACGACAAAAUGCUUAAGUUUGGGGUAAGGCACAAUUUCUUCAAUGAGAAAAACAGGGCCUUUUAAAAAAUUACCAACACAAUAGUUGAUUUUGGGACUUGUUUUUGUUCAAUCUACGAUUUGUGUUAUUCUUUACUUAGGGUGCAUCAUCCAUGUAACUUUGAUUAGUCUGAUAGUGUCAGAAUCUGUAGAAGUGUAGAACUGUAGAAGCAUAAUUAUGUUCUAGUUAUUUGUUACGUUAAUCAACAGUCAUAAACUCAUAAUAGAAUUUUGCCUUGUACUUAUUACUGAUAUUAAUUCAUUUAAGAUUUAAGCCCCUCACCUUGUUGGUGGUGAUUUACAUUUUA